AAUGUUCAUGCAAGUAUUGGCAACGAAUACGAUGCAUCAGCUGGAUUUUCAUCUGGUACUGAUAUCAGGCCAUCAGUUACAAAAAGGACUGCAGAUGGGAAGAUUCACACCACAUACUGGAAGAAAGAAUUUAGCGGACAAUUCGGUGUACAUGUUCGUGCAGGCGAUAAAAAAGGAGCACGGGAUAUUGGUCCUGCCUUUAAGGAAAUAAUUACAACUGUAGAUGAAAAACAAAGUCAUGGACUAUUGAAAAACAAAACUGAACGUACCAUAAAAGUUUCGAGAAAUGGAAAAUUUAAACCAGAAGAACAAAGUCAUGAAGUUGUAGAAACAUUAGGUGGUGCAGCAAAUGGUGCUUUGAGUUCCUUGACAUCCAAUGGACUUCACUUGUUAUCUGAUCCCACGGCUCGUACGAAAGAAAAUGUUCUCAAUGCUGCCAUUGAUGCAGUAGCGCAAGGUGCAGUUGGAUGGGCACAUUCAAAUAUGACUAAACAACAAAACUCGCUAGGCUCGGCUGCUAUAGGUGCUGUCGUCACAGUGGCUGGACAUGUCGUUAGAGAAAUGACAUCCUCAACUGACAAAACCUUGCCCGUCAAAGAAAUAUUCAAAGAUGCAGUCGUAUCUAGCGCACCUUCCCUCGUCUCUAUAGUCUCCAAAGUGCCUUCCAAUAUCCCUGGGCCGUUGAAAGUUCAUGCUGGUGCAAUAACAAGUUUAGUUCUUCUAAUAAAUCAACUAAGACAAAAUUAUCGAGAGAAACAGCUCAAUUUGCGAGAAGCAACAACUAUAAUCGCGAAAGAAAUCACAAUCAUAAUUAGCAAUCAUGGUAUACAAACGAUUUUAAUACCUAGACUAGUAGCAUUUUUACCACUUGGUCCACUAGGAGCAUCCGUGGCUACUUGUGUUUUGGGGGCUACUGUCUGCUUCUAUGGAUUCAGAGCGAUAUCACGGAUAACGAAUAAGUGGCAAGAACGAUGCAUCAUGAAAGAAUAUGAAAAACUUUGUAAAGA